UUCAGUGCGUUUUGACAGUUGCUUAAAGACCUCAUUUGCUCUAAAUUCCAAAAUUUAAGAAAUAAACGAGCGAAAAUGCCAAAACACACCCGAAAACGCCGUCACGACAACAUAAAUAACGAUAUUGAAUACGAAAUCGAUGCUCCUAAAAACAAGUUCCGACCUUUUGAUGAAGACGCGCAGGCUGAAGAAGAACAACUCAAUAAAAUCCUCUUCGGGGGCGCUUCGAGCUUUCUGAAAAGCUUGGAGGAAGCUGAACAGGAAAUUGGGGCUUCUUGUUCAAACGUAGAUUCGGGAGUUGGUGAGGACACUUCCGACAGUGACACCAGAGAACGGAGUCCGGCUUGGUACGAUGAAGAUGACGAUGGAAUUGAAGUGGGACACGCUUUGGAUGCUCAGGGGCGCAGUCUGCCAUCGGGGGGUAUCAAUGACCGAAGCAACAAGUACUCGUCUUUGCUUAAAAACAAAUUUAACUCGAUCGUGGGGACGCCUUCGUGGGCCUCGCUUGAAAAACACAAGAGCCACGAUUCUGACUCUGAUGAGGAAAUUUUACACAGUUGUGGAUUUAUCAGGAAAACUACACGGGCGAACUUAGCAGCGGGCGUCUUGGAGUUCAAAAAAGUGAAAGAUUUGAAUUGUGAGACGUACAGUGAGGGCCCCAUUAUCAACGCUGUUGAAUUUCACCCAACCUCGCGUGUGGCACUAGUAGCUGGCCACAAUGGUGUUGCUUCCUUGUACGCCGUUGAUGGUCGACAAAACAACAAGUUACACAGUGUUUUAUUCCAAAAUUUUCCUAUUUUUUGUGCAAAAUUUGUUCAAAACGGUAAUGAGGCGAUUUUAGGGUCGCGGCGGUCCCAUAUCUUCAGUUACGACUUAAUGGCUGCUAAAUCCACUAGAAUCCCGUUACCUCCCGGGUUAACCCGGUUCAAGAAAUUUGUCACUUCGCCUGAUUACCAGUUUAUAGCAACUGCAGGCAAGUGGGGCGAAGUUCAUUUGCUUACAACAGCGUCAAAAGAACGAAUCGCAACUUUGAAGCAAAACUCUGAAGUUACAGCUCUCGCCUACAGCCCCCGAGGUAAUUUACUGUAUGGACACAGUGAUUGUGGAGAAGUAACUGUCUGGGACAUGAACAUGAGACGGGUCAUGCACAAGUUUACCGACGAGGGCUGUCUACAAGGAACUACUUUGGCGGUUUCGUCUUCGAAUCAGUUCAUCGCGGCGGGUUCUGCACAGGGAGUGGUUAAUUUAUAUGGGGUGGAGGAUGUCUUAUCUAAUAAAGUACCUAAACCUAGGAAGGCCAUUAUGAAUUUGACUACUAGCGUUACUGAUUUGAAAUUUAAUGCUUCAUCCGAGAUUUUAGCCUUAUCAUCUGCUGAAAUACAGAAUUCCGUUAAAUUGUUCCACGUAGGAUCUGAGACAGUCUUUAGCAACUUCCCGGCGUUUGAGACCAAAUUGGGACAUGUAAAUGCUAUUAAUUUCUCGCCUAAUAGUGGAUAUGUCGCCUUUGGUAAUAGGAAAUCGACCGUUUCUUUGUAUACAUUAAAGCAUUACAAAAGUUAUUAAACCUCACAUGUUGUAUAAUUUAUAAUAUUAAAAAUUACCUGUUUCACACUUCACUUAUUGUAAGCUUUAUUCAGAUGUAAAUUGGAUCAGAGCUAUCGCUAAAAUUUUGAUUUAAUUUUAAAUAUUCAACUGAUUUGAUCAAUUUUUACAUUCUGAACUUUUUAAUUUUCUAUUACAGUUGUCAUAUUUUAGUACCUGUAAAUAAAAUUGUCUUUAAGUCC